UUAAAAUAUUUUGUGUAUAAGUGCCAAAAGCCCUUCAAAAGCAAUCAUGCUUAACGGGAAUAACACACGAACCACUUUGAAACAAAUAGAGAAUACUUUAACAUCGUUUCUUCUACAAAAAGGUUUGAAUUAAGCCAGUUCUUUCAGGACUAAAGUUCUCGAAAUAUUUUUCUCUGAUUGAAAACUGCGUUAAGCUGAUCAAGAUGGAUGACGAAGUGAUCCUGGCCGCCAUCUUGUUAGCUGCAGCAGGCCUUCUUCUGAUCUUAACUAUUAUCAUGUUAUGUCUCAUCUUCAAAGCUUCGAAAACCAAAUCCGAGAAGAAAAGUUCCAGAUCAGAAAUCCCCAGAAGCAGUCACGAUAACACGGGCUUUCAACGAGACAAUGGUGUUUCCAUGUACGAAAAUAAAUCGGGUAAUAUGGAUACUCGAGUUAGCCAAAGCAAUGGCGAAAACAAGGCAGAAUGGCCUUCCUCAUAUAACAUGUAUGCAGUGUCAAGAAGUUACGCUUUCCCAAAGACUGGCGAUCAUUCAGAGCAAAGUUCUGAAUUGGGAUCAAAAGCACAACCAUCAAACCCGCCUUCAACAUUCGCCAGUCGCUCCAGCACUCUUAUUACUCGUGAGGUCCAGCAUAAAACGUUUUCGGAGGAAGUUUUCGAGGGGAUAAAUCAGGAUGCAAUAACUGAUUACACAACUUCUACAACCUUACCAAGAAGCGAGACAAAUGAUUCAAGAGUCUGGAAAUCACGCACUGCCUCAGAAACUGUCAGCCUUCAUUCACAUGAUACAAACUCAGUUCGUGGAAGUGUGACUCAGCGAAAUAGUUAUUAUUCAAGUUUUAAACCUCGCAAUGCAUCUGUGUCAAAAGAAAGCAUAUCGCAAGUUGUCGAGGUUUCAACAAAUUCUGGAAUAACAAGGCAGAAACUUGCAACCCACUCCAUUAAAACCUCAGGGUCCACCAAAGUUUUUUCCUUUGACUUAAAAUAAACUGCUUACUGCCAAUAGACCUUUUUCAUAAUGACGUCAAACGCGGAAGGUAUGAUGUUACACGAAAUUUGAUUGGCUCGAUAGUUUUG